AUGCGCAGAAAUCGUGUACGAGGUGCUGAGGGAGGCGAUCAGUGUAAAGCGGACGCUGCUGCCGUCGCCACUGAGCCGGCCGGCCAGCCAGCCGGCCAGCUAGGCCAGGACGGCUGUCCUGUCUGUGCUGAUGGUGGUGGUGGUGGUGAUGGUGGUGGUGGUGGUGGUGGUGGUGGUGGCGGAAGUGAAGAACGUACGUAUGUAGGAAGAGGAGGAGGAGGAGGUGGAGGAGAAGUCGAACAGCAGCUGGCCAAUGGAACAGAUGACCAGGUGUGA